GGGAAAAAGAAGAAGAAGAAGAAGAAGAAGAAGAAAAAGACACUCAAUUAAUUCUGACAGAGAACGAACCCUAGACAGCCAAAAAGGGGAGAAGAGAAAAGAAGGGAAAAGAAGGGAAGCGGGAUGGAUGAAUUCGCUCAGGAAUAGCAAUUAGCAAGCAGCAGCAGCAGAUCGACAGACGGAGCGAGGGAGCGAGACGAAGGAAGGAAGGAAGGAAGGAAGGAGGAGGGAAGUGGGGGAUUGAAUCAUCGGCGUAUAUGGAGGGAAUACCGCACCCAUUCCCAAGGACGGUGGAGGAGGUCUUCAGCGAUUUCAAGGGCCGACGCGCCGGCCUCAUCAAGGCUCUCACCGCUGACGUCGAGAAGUUCUACAAGCAGUGCGACCCCGAGAAGGAGAACCUCUGCCUGUAUGGAUUUCCAAACGAGACCUGGGAAGUUAAUUUACCGGUGGAGGAGGUCCCCCCCGAGCUCCCGGAGCCUGCUUUAGGAAUCAAUUUCGCGAGGGAUGGAAUGCAAGAGAAGGACUGGUUGUCCUUGGUCGCCGUCCACAGCGAUUCCUGGUUACUUGCCGUUGCUUUCUAUUUCGGUGCACGGUUCGGUUUCGGUAAAAACGAAAGAAAGAGGCUUUUCCAAAUGAUAAAUGAUCUCCCAACUAUUUUUGAAGUUGUGACGGGAAAUGUUAAGCAAGCAAAGGAACAAUCUGCUAAUCAAAACAGCAAAAGCAAAUCUAGUACAAAGAUGUCUGAUCCACAAUCCAAGGGAGUGAAGAUGUCUCCACCACCCAAACGAGAAGAGGAAAGUGGGGAAGAAGAAGAAGAUGAUGAGCAGGGUGCCACCUGUGGAGCAUGUGGGGAUAGCUAUGCAAAUGAUGAAUUCUGGAUUUGCUGUGAUAUCUGCGAGAGAUGGUUCCAUGGAAAAUGUGUAAAAAUUACUCCAGCAAAGGCGGAGCAUAUAAAGCAAUACAAAUGCCCCAGUUGCAGUACCAAGAAGGCUAGAGUCUGAACCAUGUUCAGAAAUUGGACAUAGAUCAAUCAAGAAGGCUAGACAAGAUUGAGAAAUUUCUCUUUGCAGUUUAAUAUGGACACUGUAGUUGGGAACUGGCAUUGCAACAGUGGGACUUAAGCUACACUCUUCUUCUGUCCAAUUUUCUCAGGGAUUAUGUUUGAAGUCGUUGCUCAAAAUUAGAAUGCCUUAUAUGUAUAUUAUUAUUUGUGCAGUCUCAUUUGUUGCAAGAUCUAUGCCUGAAGGCGAUUGUGCACCUUUAGUUAAGUGAAGGUUCUUCGUUGGGAUGUAACAGAAUGUUCAGAUGAUUAAAUAGAGUCCCCCUUACAGUGGAA